AUGGAUAAAACUUCAAAAAAUAAUUUAAUAAAAACAAACAAAAACACAACGACCUCCUUAGAUGAGACGGCACAAGCUGAAGCACUAAGGAGGGCGAAACCAAUUAAGAGCGGAACGGCCAAAGAGGAGCCAUCGAAGCCGGAGCGGCCACUGAAAGCUGGGGUACCUUCGGGAAUCCCGGCCCAGGUGGCUGACCCGGAGACGAAGGAACCUCCGAAAGCUGGACCCUCUUCUAGCAAACCACCGACGGCGGAGAGCGGGACACUCGCUGAACCCUCGAAGCAGGUCAUAGAUCCCGGCUGGGAGAUCAGGUGCAAACCAAGAGGGAAGCCUGCCCAGACCGAACAUGAACCACCGCGAAAUAAACUUUCGCAGAGGCAGAGGCAGCGGCUCCGAAAGCGAAGAGAAGCAGCCAGCCGCACCUCUGAAACCAAGCAGCAGGAUGAAGACUCGACUGUUGCUAAACAAACCCAGGCGAAGAAACCAGAGGGGAAAGCCAAGAGGGCACGCCUGGAUGAAACCAUAUCUCCCAGAGGCGACCACAAAAAACAGCGCAUGGAUGCCUCUUCGGGAACAGCUAACCAACCCUCCUCCUAUGCAGCGGCAGCAGCGGCGGACCUGACGGUGGCGAUCACAAACGAUCGCACGGGCAGACUGUCGCAGCAAGACGCAGUAGAGGUGGAGAAGAAGAUCGGAGAUGCAAUCUUCCAGGCUGCCAUCGAGACCGAUCUGGAUACCGUAGCGGAGGCCCCAGCGUUCUCAGGUAAACCAAGUUUUGUGGAUGGGUACCUGAAGCUGUGGUGCCAAGACGCAAACACCAAGGCGUGGCUGACGAAGUGGCUGGAGUCGGCUACCCUCCAAAACGGAGACCGUCUCGUUGGAAAGAGGGAGGACGAGAUGGUCAGAAACACAAGGUGCGGCAUCCUGAUCCCGGCACUGGAGGAGAACCUCACGAAGAUCGGCAGAGUCCUGAACUUCCAGAACCCAUGGGCGCUUGUGAGGAAGUGGACUCUCCAUCAGGCGAUCCCACUAAAGAAGAGGGCCUGCACACUGCUCCUGGUGGGAAUACCUGAAGACGUGGUUCCAGUGGUGCUGGAAAAGGGAAGGAGACUGAACUACCUGUGUGGGACAGUCUACAUCCGUUUCCAGCACAGCGGAGGACGUUUCAGAGAUUCUCCACCGGAGAAAACCACCGCACACGAGGAGGAAAAGGCCAGAGGGGAGGACAACCAACUGGACAGUACAGCAACAGCCAACACCCCCUCUGCCAUGGAGACCGACAGUGCGGAACACCAAACCGUCGACAUCGAGGAAAGCGUCCUGCUGGAAUCGGAAGACGAAGACGGCCUACCGAAGGGGAUCAGUCUCCUGGACCUAAAAGGAAGGGCAGCGGAAGAGUCAUCCUCAAGUGCUGCCUUCCCCAUGUAAGGUCCUCCAGGUUAACCUCCAGCACAGCGAAUCUGCAACGGCUCAACUUCGAAGAUGGCUGGAGGUUAACCCUACAUCAAUAGCACUGAUCCAAGAGCCGUGGAUCAGAAACACACGAAUAAACGGCCUUGGCAACGCCGGAGAGACGUGUGCGCCAUAAAACUCCUCAGAACACAAAACUCAACCCUACCAGAGAUAGUCCUGGCGUCCACCUACAUGGCGGCGGAGGACGAACCACCUCCUGUGGAGAUGAACAACCUCAUACGCUACUGCGAACAUGAAGGGCUGGAGCUAGUCAUUUCUGCAGACUGCAACGGCCAUCACAACCUAUGGGGAAUGGAAACUAACAACAAAAGAGGCACAGGUCUGGCUGCUCAACAUGUAUCCAACUGGCACGUGUCGGACGAGGCAUCCUGCUCCGAUCACAGAUGGAUUCGGUAUGACCUGACAGCCGACAAACAC